AUGGGCUACUACGAUGAAAGUCAAUGGAUCACUGCUUCGGUCGAAUCCGAUACUUUACUAAAAAUCAAAGGACUUAUUCCUGGUGUGCAAUAUCGUUUCAAAGUCACAGCCGUAGGACCAAGUGGUCGUCUCGGCGAGGCGGUGGAUAGUACAUGGACGGAGAUUUCAAGUACUGGCGCGUCUAGGACACCAACUUCCUCCAUAACCAUAAGGAAUGGCUACAACUCUGAUCGAGGCGUAACGGCUCACGUGGAGUGGUCCCGUACACCCCAAGAUUCAUGCUACUAUAAACUUCAAUUGAGCAAUAGCACUUUAACAACCAACAACGAUAUCACCCUGGAUGCUUCCUCAUCGAUACUUCUACCUCACCUCGAGUUCGAUUGCGAUUAUACAGUAACUAUUGCUGCUACUACCAGUGAUAGAAUGCCCGAGCCAGUGACGGAUCUUUCGAUCUACGUAUAUGCCAAUGGGACAGGCUUUAUCUCCUGGAAUCCAUCCGCUGAUCCAGAAAAUAUUCUCUUCUACCAACUUAUUUUCAAUGCUCUUUCCCAGGACAAUGGCUGCCAAUUCCAACAAGAAACCAUAAAUAUUCAAGCUAGUGCAAGCUCAGCUUUCGUGGAUUUCCCUGGUCAUAGAUGUGAGUACGUCAUUCGUCUGGUUAACUAUGACCUCAUCGGUAGAGAUGCAGUAGCCGAAACUCGAGUAGUUAUCGAACCUGCUAGAAUUCCUCUAACCUUGGAAGAUAUGCUCCGUCCAGAAAUUCUCCUAACAGCUGCAUGUUUUCUGCUUUUCUUUAUCCUUUGUAUUUUAAUUCGUUGCAAAAUUGGGCGAAAAUGUCCUCAUCGAGUGUCAGAAAAACAACAAAAACUAAGGGAGUAUGCGUAAGC